CGAGAUCUUUUUCAAGCUUUUACGCGACAACGAUUUCGGUUCGAAGGAGUAAAACAUGACAACCAAAUGUCUAAGAUGGGGGAUCUGUGGUGCAGGAAAGAUCUCCAACGACUUCUGCUCUGCCAUGACAACACUACCUGAUGGAGAACAUAAGGUAGUGGCAGUAGCCGCCAGGAAGCUGGAGAGUGCCAAGGAGUUUGGUGACAAAUUUGGGUCAGAGGUUGCCUACGAUUCUUAUGAAGCACUAUCAAAGGAUCCUAAUGUUGAUAUUGUCUAUAUCGGCACCAUCAACAUCAAUCAUAUGGAGUUGAGUCUGAUGAUGUUAAAUGCUGGGAAACACGUUCUGUGUGAGAAACCCAUGGCCCUCAAUAUGAAACAGGCCAAAAGUGUUCUACAACUAGCCAAGCAAAAGAACCUCUUCUUCAUGGAGGCUACAUGGAGCAGAUGUUUCCCAAUUUAUGAGAAGAUUAAAGCAGAAAUUGCAUCUGGUAGCCUAGGAGAUGUGGAGUUGGUGACGGCCAAAUUUUCAAUUCCUAUCAAGGAUGUUGAAAGAAUUAAAGAGAAAGCGUUAGGUGGAGGCUGUAUGAUGGACAUUGGCAUGUACACUGUCCAGCUGGCCUGUAUGGUGUACGAUGAAAUGCCAGUGAAAAUAACGGUGGAUGGAGUACUCAACGAUCAGGGUAUGGAUGAGGGAGGCUGUGUCAUCCUGAAGUAUAAGGGAGGCGGGAUGGCUAAUCUGACUUACUCUGGUCGUACCUGUGUCACUCAGUGUUCUGCCAGUAUCAACGGUACAAAGGCCAACAUCGAGAUACCCGACCACUUCUGGUGCCCAGAGAAAGCCACAUUUCCAUCAGGCGUUGUCACCAAUGAGGUUCCUGAGGGGCGGCACCCCUUUAACUUCAUCAACAGUGGAGGAAUGAGGUACGAGGCAGACCAUGCCCGCAAGGCCAUUCUUGAAGGUAAAAAAGAAUGCGAGGCCAUGUCCCAUCGCCACAGUGAGAUGGUAAUGACCAUUACUGAUGAGGUCCGCAAGCAACUUGGUGUGGUGUAUGAUGUUGACUAAAGCAUAGAGUUAUCUCCCUUCAAUAUUUCUAUGUUGGUGCCAUAUAUACUUUACUGUUAUAAUUGAGGUAAUCUAUGAUUAAGUUAACUGUUCAUAUACAACAUGAACAGGUGAAUAAGUGACAUAGUUGUUAAAUCUACAUUUUUAUAAGUUAAAUGAUUAAUGUAUACAAUAUUUUUAAAACUUCUCAGUUUUAUCUCUUCCUUUACCUCUAAUAAUUGGAAGAAGAAUGUAUUUUUUUACCUAUUACAGAAAAUGUUGUUGAUUUUUAAGACAAAUAAAAUGUUUAAUUUG